UUGGCUUGGCAAGUAUCAAAACAAUCGCUUUUUGUAAAUAUUCGGAAAAUUUUCUCGGUUCUAUACCGUCUGAACUAGUUUUUAUACUUGAAACGAUUUAAAACAACUAGUUAAAAUGUCGUAUAUGUUAGCACAUUUGCACAAUGGCUGGCAGGUAGACCAAGCCAUUCUAUCGGAGGAAGACCGAGUAGUGGUGAUACGUUUCGGCCACGAUUGGGAUCCAACAUGUAUGAAAAUGGACGAAGUAAUGUACAGCAUUGCGGAAAAAGUAAAAAACUUUGCUGUUAUCUAUUUGGUUGAUAUCUCGGCCGUUCCUGACUUCAACAAAAUGUACGAGUUGUAUGAUCCCUGCACUGUUAUGUUCUUCUUCCGGAAUAAGCAUAUUAUGAUCGAUUUGGGCACAGGUAAUAACAAUAAAAUCAAUUGGCCUUUGGAGGACAAGCAAGAGAUGAUUGAUAUUGUUGAGACUGUAUAUCGAGGGGCACGCAAAGGUCGAGGUUUGGUUGUGUCCCCGAAAGAUUACUCGACUAAAUAUAGGUAUUAAGCAAUUGAUGUAAGUAAAUUAGAUUUUAAAAUAGUACCAAAAAUAAACAGUAUUUUUUGUUCACCGAAAUCAUCCUAACCUUACGUUCGAUUGAAUAGUGUAAUCGUUAUUCAAAUCUUUGAGGUUCAAAAUUGUAUAUUUCGUCAUCUAUCUGCUCCGAUACAAUUCGAUUCAGAGCAUACAAAACCAUUGCAUUGUGCUACGAUCCUAGUUAGAAUACUGUAAGGGCUUGUAAAAAUCAGAAUUGAACCGCCAUCCUAGGCAGAUUAUGCUGUUCUCCAGUUCAAAAUAUUCUCAGGCACAAUUAGAGCAAUUGCUUCGUCGCAACUUGGAAUAUGAAAAGCUUGAAUCUUGAUCAAGAACUUUACUGCCUUUUUAUUGUCGAUAGAAAAGUAUUCUGGAAUCAUUCAAUAUUUAUAAUGUCGAUGUUGACUAAAUUUCAACUAGUUAACUUGAAAACAAGUUAUUUUCAAAUUAUGGAAAGAUAAGUUAUUUUAGUAUGGCAUUACAACGUAACGACAACUCAUUCUUAGCCGACUUAGCAAUUAGUAGAAACUGCGCUUUUUGAGUCACGCAAGUGGUUAGAUGUUAGUUGCAAUCACUCAAAUUUCUGGUUGCAAACUAGUCAUAAAUAAGCUAGCGUAACAAAAAUUGUUACUUGGGAAAAUCACAAAUUUGAUACGAGGUACAGUUUUCUCAACGAUUUUAAUACUGUCGAGCGAAAUUCAAUUUUAAUUAACUGUUUUUUUAAGCGCCUUCAAUCAAAAUCUGUUUAUGAAGAUAUGAAAAAUAAACAACGAAAUAACCCUGUUCAGAUUGCUCAAAAUUAAUUCAAGUAGAGGGAUUUCUCUCUUUUUUUUAAUUCAUAUAUCAUGCGAAUUAUAAUAUUAUCACAAUCGAUGUUCAAUUCCAAUAUUGUUUUCUUCGUGUUUGUUAUACUGCAUAGAACAAAAAUGUCUAUUCCGACUUUGAUUAUUUUGGCCAAAAGUAGUUUUGAAAACAGUAAUAUUCUGGUUUAAUUUAUGUUUCAUGCACUUCUUGCUACUUCAUAUUGUGUUCGCCAGAUUGAAGCCAACAAAAGUUUUUUAGUUGCAUUUUCGUUAUCAUUACGUUGAGAAAACCAACCGAUAGCUACCUGAAUCAAUGCAAAAAUUGUAUGUUAUAAUCUUGUAAUAUCUAUAUUAAUUCAUAGUAACGAUUUUCACAUUCGUUUAAGUAUUUAUAAAGGUUUCGCAACGGAAAAUAAACCUUGUUUUAACUAGUAGCUGCAUAGCAUAGCUGUGAUUAAAGAUAUGUUAGAAUUAAGUAGCGAUAACUUACACAUGAUGGUUAGUUCAAUGUUUAUGUUAUAAAGAUACACUGCUGUCACCUUGUUUUACCAGUGUAACAUAAAAAACAUGUUCGUGCUAUUGUUGCAACAUAGUCGGACUAAGUGGUAUCAGAACUAGUUACGGGUUGCUACGAUUGAAGUCAAAUAAACUUAUUUUCAACUAGUAGCUAGAAGCAUAGUUGUGAUUAAAGAUAUGUUUGGAUUAAGCAACGAUAGCUUAUAAAUUAUAAUUAAUUCAAUAUGACGAAAAGAUGUGGUGAUUGGAAACCUAAAUAACUAUUUCGUAGCUAGUCAUGUUGGGAAGAAGUAUUACUGUCACCUUGUUUUAACCAGUAUAACAUGAAAAGCAUGUUCGUGCUCUUGUUGCAACAUAGUCGUAUCAGAACUAGUUGCGGAUUGCUACUUGGGAUGUCACUAUGAAUAAACAUAACAGUGAAACUUAAGAACAGUCAUAUAUUUUUAUUAAGUUGGAAUUGAAAUUUUUUAUAAAUUAUAAAAUCUGCCUCUUCUUCUUGUUGACGUUACCUCACUGACGUCGAUUGAUGGCUCCGCAACUUAAGCCAUAUUGCCAGUUAAUUUCCGUUUAUAAUCCAAUGAAUUUUUUUUUAUUGAACUACUAGCGAAAACUUUGCUGCUGUGUGAAAAUGUCGAGUUGCCAAAGUACGGAUAAAAAAUCUCCUUUCACCACACCAACACGAUAAAACGUGCUCACUCGUUGAGGGUGUCACCGGAUGUUUGAUCUCUGCCUCCAGCAGGCACCAACAUAUAAUUUGCAUCCAAAAAUUUAAAGUCUUGGCAUUACAUUCCUGUUGUGGAAUUCGGCCUUUCUGUUUCAACAGACUUCACAGCCGAUUGAUAGCGCACAUAAUCAUUGCAUGGCUAGUACUACGAUCCUACUGACACUAAGAACCCUCCCAGGUCGGGGCUCGAACAUACGACAACUAGCUUGUAAGACCAGCGCCCUAUGCAUUGAACCACCAACUCGGACCAUUGCAUCCAAGUGAUACAUGAAUAAUAAAAUACAUACUUUAAACCAAUUCUUGAGCUCGGCAAAGACAAAUCGGCAACACACAAUUUUGAUAAUUACUCAAUAAUCAAUAUGUUUUUCGGUAAAGUACAUUUUUUGCCGAGAUUUGACAAAAUCUUCUGCUGAACUCAUCGAUGAUUGACAAUUGUCCCGAAAUCAGCAAAUGCUUUAGCCGAAAUUUUGAAAUAUGUGUUAUCUUUUGCCGAAAUUCAGUUAGACAACUGUCAUUUACGUUUUACAUUGUCGCAUGGCACUACGCAGUUAUUUUUCUGACAGUAGAAAAAUUGGAACUAGUCCAAAAGGAAGGCGGGAGAAUCUACAAUCUAUUCAGUAAGGAUAGUAAUUACAAAUUAUUGUUGAUUAUAUAUAGAAAGCUUCCUCCCUUUCUUCCAGAUCCAGCUCUCUCUAUCGGAAAGUAAUUAUAGGUUAUGUCGAAAAACUUCAACGACGUGUCAGCCAACAGUCGGCGCUUAGUCAUCGUACACAAGUAAUGUAAUGUAUAUUUUUUAUAUGUUUGUUCGGAAAUAAAUUGAAAUAUUGAUCCCCAAUUGAAAA